CUCAAACAGUUGACCAAAAAUAAUGGAAGCACUCUAUCUAUUGGGCUCCAUCGUCUCCACCACUCUCACAUCCCUCGCUCUCUCGCUCCUCCUCUUCUUCCGCACUCUCUUCCUCCGGAAAAGUCCUUCCCGCGCCGCCUCCUCCACCUCUUCCUCCGACACAAGCGAAGAAACUGUGUCUCUCUAUGAAGGCACAGUCUGGCACGAGCGCCGCCGCCCCGUCCACCACUCCUUCCGGUACUCCGUACGCUACGCGCUUUUUGACCUCGACCACGCUCGUCACGCACCUCCGGACCACCUCUCCGCCGACCAAGCUCGCCAAAUUGCCGCGACCACCGGACCCAUUUUGCUCCUGACAAUACCUCCCAGCGUGGGAUAUGAACAAAACCCAUUGAGCUUGUAUUACUGCUAUGAUAUUGAAGGGUCUACUCGGUGUUUGAAGAAGUGCAUUGCCGAGGUAACAAACACACCAUGGGGUGAACGAGUAUCAUUUGUUUUCAAUCCAAAUUCUGAUUUAGUGGCAAAGCCAUUACAUGUCAGUCCCUUUAUGGAUAUGCUUGGGACAUGGAGUAUCAAGGCAAAUGCUCCCGGAGAUAAUCUAUAUGUGGCAAUUUCUGUUCAACACCCCAAACUUGGUGACUAUUUCACAGCUACCUUGAAAGCAAAAAGAAUGCCCUCAUCAUUAGUAUCUGAUCAUGCUAUGUUCUUCUGGCUGAUGCCUCACAAGGUUGCAGUGUGGAUCUACUGGCAUGCUUUUAAGCUAUGGUGGAAAAAUGUGUCAUAUAUCCAACACCCAAGGUACACUAACCCUGCAUAUAGGGAGGAAGCUGUGAUACAUGAUCAAAAACUUCAAUGCUGUCCGAUAAUUGGAUCAGACAGAGACAAAUAUCUGCAAGAUGAAGGAAGUGAUCAAGGAUACUCGCCUGACAGAAAUUACAAGAUUCGUCAGUUCACUUGGAGAGACGCAAAGUGGCCUUGGUCUUGAAUAUAGAGGAAAAGAACAUAUUAUCAUCUAUAACCAUAGAUGGCCGGUAGAAAGCAAGCACAUUGAAAGAAGAGGACCUCAAUUACAAAAUCAAAGGUUUCCAUUUUAUCAUCUAUCAGUCUGUUAAAGUUUUUUAGUUACUGGAAGCACCCCCAGAUCUCAACCAAUAUUGGAAUUUGGCUACCUAAUAUUAUUAGGAUAUUGUGUUUGAUGCUCUAGUAAGGUUAUCAUAAAUACUGCUCUGUGUAGAACCUUCUUGUGAAGUAUUCUAUACUGAUAUAUGGAAUACCAUGGUUAUCUUGCUUACA